AAUAUAAAAUGUAAUAACACCAAUAACAGAUCCCUGAUUCUGUCCCCUUGGAUAUAUUGUUGGCUCAAUUGAAAAAUCCCUUGAUUGUCAGAGAAGACCAUUAAUCAUGUAUUUGCCAUUUAUAAUAAAAGUGUUAAAGUAAAAACAUCAUCAAAUGCCCGAAAUAAUAAAUAAUAAUUAUGAAUUGUUAGCCGAUAAAUAUCUGCUUUUAAGUAAUGCUUUACCAGGAUGUUCCCCUGAGUUAAUUGUGGAGGAAUUCGAGAAAGUUGUGUAAGUAGUAGAGAAAUGCUGCAAUUAAUUUAUUGAGAAAAUGAAAAAGGUAAUUAAAGAUCUAUAAGCAUUUGCAAAUUACGAUACUCAAGUUUUGAAAGGAUAUUUAACACAAGCAACUGAUGUUUUUUAAAGAUGCUUUUAUUUAGCCGAAAAAGACUUAACUAGUUUUGAUGUUGACUUUUUGAUGGAAAAUUUCACUAAUCCAGAAAACAGCAUUCAAAAUCACUUACUAACAUUGAUAUUCGAAAGAAAUUAAAAUCUAUAAAACGUGAUGUCAAAAGUUUAUACAGAAUAACUGGAUUUUGCAGCAUCCUUCCGUGCAUAAUUUGAAUAAUUGUGUAAUACUAACCAUUUUGAACCAUUAAACAAAUUAUUAAAUAAUCAGAAAUAAUUUUGGUCCAACAGAGUAAAAAAACAAAUCUAGACAUAAAAACAAUUAAUGGAAGAAUAAUAGGCAUAAUAAGUAUUGGUAUAAUCAAUUAUCUAAUUUGCUCCUUAAAUAUAAUAAUUUUAAUAGCAAUAAUAAUAUCAAUAGUAAUAAUAAUAAGUAUAGUAAUAAUCUUAAAUAAUUUAAUCGCAGAUUUAGUAAUAACCUCAAUAAGAUUAAUCAUGGUUAACUAAAUCCUAAAUGAUUUCAAUUGAAGCUGGAAAUCAAUAGCUGAUUGAGACUAUGCUUAAAUUAAGAGCUCACACUCAUGAAUUAAUGCAACAGCAUGAUAAAGAGUCAAAAAAAGACCCCAAAAGACAUUGCAAAUUAGAAGGUGGAGGAUCCUUUGGGUAAUGAAUUCAUCGUUACAUUCUAGUUAUUGCUGGACAGGUGGGUAUGGCUGGAAGGGAACUAUUUACGAAGGCUUGGAAUUAUCUAAUUAGUGUCCUUAGUGCCAAGUUCUAAAUUAGGACAUGCAUAAUACAGCUAAAAAAUUGUAUGAUCUAGAGUACAGAGACAAAGGAACGUGGUGGGUUAGAGCUUGGUUUUUAUAUAAGAGAUGA